CACACUCACGCCUCACCGUCAGUACUCAGUAGACGGCCAGACCCACGCGCGCUAGAGUAGGCUCGUACACUCGGUCACUCGACACUCGACUCCGAAAUUUUAUCUCUGCGAUAUGAUUCAUUUUGGCAUAUUAUCAUUGUUCGGCAAGGAUUUGUUUGGCUGCUGAAGAGUGCUUACAAGUGCAACAGGUUUUCCAUGUUGAGGAUCAAGCCUCUGUGCCUCAAUGACAAAACUGGUUAGCAUGUACAUUAGAUCAACAAUUUGAACAUAAACAAGCAGCAUGGAGUUGAGCAAUGAUGCCGAUAGGACAUUUGUCCUUCACAAUGCUGUUGAACACAAGAAUGAAUACCACAUAAAUAGUCUCUUGCUUAAAAAUAUUGAUGUCAACAAGCUUGACAAGUAUAAUAGAAGUGCUCUUCACAUAGCUGUGGUAGGCAAGAGUCAACGCAUUGUGGCAAUGCUCCUGGAAUACGGAGCCAAUCCAAAUUUAAAAGAGAAGCGCCAAGGGAUGACUGCGCUACACCUUGCAAUAAAGGAAAGAGAACUGUUCAUCGCAAGGUUACUUAUGCAAAAGGGAGCCAAUCCCAAUGAAGUCACAAAGUACAAUGCAACAUCUCUUCACUUAGCAUUAGAAGUUCAAGAUGAGGAGCUGGUGAAACUUACUCUGGAGUACGGUGCCAGCAUACAUGCAAAAAAAUUUGGAAAGAGUCCACUGCACCUUGCCGUAGAGCAUGGCAACCUACCUAUAGCUGCAGAAUUGAUCAGAAGAGGAAGCAAUGUUGAUGACACUUGCAUAGAUGGUCAGACAGCUUUACAUAUAGCUGUUGAAAUGAAGGACGCGGUAAUGACGGGAUUACUGUUAGCGAAUAAUGCAAGGACAGACAUAAAAAAAUUUGGCAGCUGUCCCCUCUAUUUGGCAGUGAAGAAUGACUGCAUCGAAAUUACCAAGUUGCUGCUUCUCGCGCCCUCUGUCAGCAACGACGAUUUCAAAAACAGAUGUAUAGCUCUAGAGUUGGCAUUCCAGAAGAAGAAUGAAAAAAUGGUCAGAGUUUUACUCGAGCACGGUGUUGAUCCAAACUCCAAGAUGUCCGACAAGACUCCACUUCAUCUGGCCUGUAGCUGUGAGUGGGAAGGCAUCGUCAUCUUGCUCCUGGAACGCGGUGCCGAUGUGACACAGGUUACCAGCGACAACGUUUCUCCGCUGCAUAUAGCUCUUGAGCAGGGUAGUGUCAGGAUCGUCAAGCUCCUGGUAAGGCACAACGCCGAUGUCAACGUCCGCCAACACCGGACCGGCGUUACACCUCUGCACAUUGCCGUAAAAAGGGCCUGUCACGAGUCGGUACAACUGCUACUAGCUGCUGGAGCCGACGCCAACGUGACUACCAAUCUGAACAUCACAGCUCUGCACUUGGCUUUCGAAGCGCGAGACCGCGAGAUGAUCGCCAGUCUCCUAGCCCACGGCGCCGACCCGAAUCUGCCAAAAUACGGCAAGAGUCCCCUGGAGCUCUCCAUCGAGUGCCGCUGGCCAGACCUCGCUCGCCAGCUUCUCCAGCGCGGCGCCGAUCCAAAUUCCAUCGGCUCUGACCAGCUCCCCAUGAUCUUCAACACCAUUAAGCAGAAGAAUGUCGAAUUGCUGCAGCUGCUCAUCGAGUUCAAGGCAGACAUCAAUACACCGGAUCCCAAGUCCAACUACAGUCCGCUCAUGGUAGCCGCCAGCUGCCGUUGCGACGAGGCGGCCGAGGUUCUCAUCGACAGCGGCGCUGACCUGGACUACGCCACCGAGGACGGCACCACUACCCUCCACCUCGCCCUGGAGCGUCGUCGCGAGUCCCUUGUCAAGCUCCUCCUCAGGAAGGGCGCCAAUCUGGAAAUCAAGAAGCGCAGUCUUGCUCCUCUCCACGUAGCUGCAGAAUGUCGCUGGCUCGAUGUCGCGGAGGUUCUGCUAGCACGUGGCGCCGACGUAAACGAGCUCACUAUCUACUUCGCUACGCCGCUCUUUUAUGCCGUCGAGAAGAGCGAGUUUGCCAUGGCUAAGCUGCUACUCAGACACGGCGCCGAUGUCAACUACAAAUGGUACGGCAGCACUGCACUUCACGUGGCCUCGGGUCUCCGACAGCCUGAGAUGGUGACGCUGCUGCUUGACUGGGGCGCGCGCGUCAACGAGUACAACGAGCAGGACGCGGAUUGCGUAUCCGCGCUACACAUUGCGCUCAAGAACGGAGACGAGAAAAUCGCCAAAAUAUUACUGGAGAGACGUGCCAGCGUGAAAAUGCGCGAUCGCAAGAUGAACCGCAUGCCGCUACAUCUGGCCGCGGAAUCCGGUUGCGUCGAGGCCGCCCGAAUGCUGUUGGCUCGGGGUGCCAUGGCCAAUGAUACGGACAAAAUGGACGUGACGCCGCUGCAGCUCGCGGCGAUGCGGGGCCGAAUCAAGAUGGCGGAACUGCUCCUCGAGCACGGUGCUCAGGUCAACGCCCGGAACCGCGCGGAUCACUACACCAGCCUGCAUUACGCGGUGAUACAUCGCAACUACAACAUGGUCCGACUACUGCUGGCCGAGGGCGCGGACGUGCAUUGCGAGGACAGUCUAGGUACCAGAACGCCUUUUAACCUGGCGCUCCAGAAGUUCGAGGACGACCGAAUGAUGCACCUGCUGCUGCUCGAGCAGGCGACCGGACCAGAGUGCAUGAAGCAGAUGCUACAACACCUGGGAAAGCUGUCGUCGAGUUCGCCCAUCGGCGAGAUGCUGAUACGACACCUGGUGCGUCGCAAAGGCGAGAUCUCACGCGAUGAGCUCGAUACCCAUAGAGUCAGCAACGAUCUGCAGAAGUACCACGAGCGAUGCGUCAAAGAAAUUUCGGAGCUUCACAAGCAUGUUUUCUACGAGAACGUCACCUUGCACACUCUGCUUUGCAAGACCAGCCGAGAGCUGUCUUUACUGGCUCGCAACGAGAGCCUCGUCCAAGCUUUCGAGGCCAGUGACUACCAGUCAAAGUACCCGAUUUAUGAGCGAAUUUUGAAGGAUUCCAUGCGAGCCGCCCAAAACAUGAAUAAACUAACAAUCGGAGCCGAGAACAUGCUGGUACGAUUGUUCAAACGCGAGCUACCGCACUUGAUGAACCACAUGAUCAUCAAUUAUCUUAGCAACACUGACCUGCGCAUACUAAACAGCAUAGAAAUGCAGAUGCAGUAGCUCGAGGCAGGCGGGAAACCGGACUAAUUAUUUACCGAACAAACUUUAGGGUUCCUCGAUAGAAACAGCCAAUUUUUCCUUCUAGUUAUACAAUGUACAAUUUAAAAAAAAAGACAUAAUUGAUAUAUGGAAAGGGCGUUGCCUUCUAAAUAUAGGUGAAUCAAGUAGUAGAUUUCUAGCGCUAGAUUUAACUGACUAUGACUGACUUGAACAUUACCGUUUUGACUGCUGCCCGGUGCAGUAAUACAAAGAAUUUCAUAACGUGAUUAUGAAUAGCCUUUGUUCUUUAUACUUGCACAGGCACCUCGAGAGAAACGUGUAUUUUAUUCUACACUCGCCAGAAAUGGCCACUUUUUAUGCCUGAAAUGCGAGUGAAAAGUAGUAUAUUUUUCCACAAAUUACAUUUGCGGAAAAAUGAAAUAGAUUGUGGAAAAAACAUAAAAAAUUUUUUUUUAAUUUUUAGGCUCAAAUAGUGGCCUUUUGCGGCCAAAAGAGAAAUAAAAUACUAUAUGCAACACGGGACGAAAGUUUCACCCCUUAUUAUGCAUAAUGUACUAUUCCAUGCUGGUGUGAAAAAAAGUGUAUGUACAUACCGCGGGAGAAAAAUUGGACAGCCCAUAUCUUGUAUUUUAUACAAUAUAUUAUGGACUGCUCAAGUUUCUGCUAUGACUAUUAAUACAGAUACGCAGCGCAAAUUAAGUGUAUACAUGUUUCGGAAAUUUUAUCCCGUUCAUAUUUUUACAUACUAAUCUGAAGCUUGUAAAUGGGAGUUACAGUGAAUUGUAAAUGCGUUGAUCAAUUUUUCUAUAAAUAUGAUAUUUAGAUGAGAGAAAACCUAAUAUUUGUAGAUGGGAACUAUAGCGAAUUACAAAUGCAAUGAUCAAUUUUUCUAUGUAUGAUUUUUAAAUAAAUAAACAAGAUUCCAAUGUUAUACUGACAGCGAA